AUGACUUUGGCGAUAGUCUCUGUUUUGCUGCUUCAGAGCAGUGCCCGUGACGGCUGGCUGGCUCUCGCUGCCCACCUGACCUUCAGAGAAGCAAGAAGGACCAGUGAAGGGGCUGGGUGGGGAUGUCAGUGGGGAGAUGCUGCGCACAAGCGCUGGACAGAUGAUGGAUGCUGCUGCCUUCUCUCUCUUUGUGCCCAGGCUGGCUCACAGCUCGUCCGGCUCGCGCUCCAGGGCCAGCAGGACCCGCUGAGGAACCAGACAGCCUUGGUGGACAAGUCCAGGAGCACCAUCACCUACUACAUAACCUCGCAGAGUAACCACACCGCCGUGGUGCUGUACGACAGCAGGAACGGCUACGUGUGCUACAAGCCGGUGGAGCAGCACGCAUGCUACCUGAGGAGGAUGGACGCCUGGGACCUCCAGACCCUGCAGACAUCUCUCAACACGUCUGAGCAAACAACCGAUCAGCUGCUACGUCAGAAUAACCAGACCAAGUACUACCGGGAGUUCCUGGGCAUUCUGGCGGGGGAAAAAGUGGACCCCAAAAGCCUGGGGGAGGCUGUCCAAGCCCUGUGCGAGCAGACAUCCAUCUUCUGGGUCAGGAGAGGGCAGGGUCCGGGGAAGCAGCGGCUCAUCUACCUUUGCAUUGACAUCUGUUUUCCCAGCAACAUUUGUGUGUCAAUCUGCUUCUAUUACCUCCCUGAGUAAGUCCGGCAGCUGCGGAUGCCCUCUCGCUGC